CAGCAGAAAAGAGAAAAUAGCCAUAUCUUGUCCAAGCUUACAGCAUUGGUUUUGUCAUGGAAGAAUUCCAGCAGUGGCUCUUCACUUUAAUUGGGGCCAUCAUUUGUUUGAUUUGUCUGGUGAAUUGCAUUUGGUUUUUGAAAUAUUUCUUCCCACAUAUAUGGAGUCCAGUGCCUCAGUCUUUUUUUCAGUCAAUGGGAGAAUGGGCAGUGAUCACAGGAGCAGGGGAUGGGAUUGGAAAAGCCUAUUCAUUUGAGCUGGCCAAGAGGGGUUUAAAUACUGUUCUGAUCAGCAGAACUCUUGAAACACUGAAGAAGGUAGCCUCUGAAAUUGAGAAAGCCACAGGAAGAAAUGUGAAAAUUAUACAAGCUGAUUUCACCAAAAACGACAUAUAUGACGAUAUUGAAAAAAGACUUCAAGGUUUAGAAAUUGGAAUUUUGGUUAACAAUGUUGGGAUGCUUCAUAACCCCCAUCCAUGUUGUUUUCUUAAUGGAUCGAAGAAAGAUGAGGAUCUCAUCAAUUGCAACAUGAUCUCAGUGUCCAAGAUGACCCAGAUAAUUAUGAAACAGAUGGUAUCAAGACAAAAGGGACUUAUUCUGAAUAUUGCUUCUGCUGUGGGCACUUUCCCCUGCCCAUUAUAUACCAUCUAUUCUGCUUCUAAAGCUUUUGUGUACACAUUCUCGAAAGCACUUCAAGUGGAAUAUAAACCAAAGGGUAUCAUCAUACAGGUAGUGACUCCUUAUGGUGUAUCUACUCCAAUGUCCAUGAACCCAAAGCCUAAUUUAAUCACAAAGUCAGCAAAAGCAUUUGUUAGAGAAUCCCUGGACUAUGUCAGACUCAGCGAUGAAACACAUGGAUGCUUAGCCCAUGAAAUCUUGGCACUAUUCCUACAUUUCGUCCCUUUGUGGGUGUUCCACACCAACAGAGUACAAGAAGCAAUCUUACGCAUGAUACCAGAGUACCGAAAAAAGAUGCAGAAGAGUACCUGA